CUGAGAAAAUAUUUCAGGCAAUUGCUUGAACCAUUUGUGAUGCCACCUAGAAAGCGUCCGCGCACAAAGAGGGCUCCAAAGAAAGCUGAGCAAGAACAAGAUGGCAGCGAGACGCCCAAACGAGUGCGUGAAUCGCGUCCACGUGGAAUGGGAAAGCGGGCCAUGAUUCAAGCCCAAAAGAAAGCUGCGCAAUAUCAAGUUGACUAUCAAUCAUCAAUGGCGGAUGCGUAUCUAUCUGCACAGAUUCUUCACCAAAUAUUUCUUCAAUUGCCUACAAAACCCUUGGUGCAGUUAAAAUGUUUAUCGAAGCUAUGGAAGCGACAGAUAUCGGAUCCUAACUUUAUGAAUUUGAGAUCACGACCGAUGAUCUUUCUCCCCAACUUUCCUUUUCUAGCCAUAGAUAACACAGGCACUCCAUUGAUGAUCAAGCUUUCCAAUCCUGUAAUUAACCCUGAAAGGUAUAGAGAAAUCACCGUUGCUGGGUCAUUCAAGGGGAUCCUCGUUUUAGUCCUAAAAUAUGGUAUCCCAGUCGAUCACAUUUUGCUUGAGGAUGAUAUAGUUCUUUACAACCCAUUCUCGGGAGAGUUCAAGGAACUUCCUCAUUCACGAAAAUUUGAUCCAUGUAACAAAUAUGUGUAUGGAUUUGGCUACGGCACAACCGCAGAUGACUUAAAGAUUGUUAGAUUAAAAGAUAAUUCCAGUGGUCGUGUAAAAUCAUGUGAGGUUGAUUAUAAAUCCUGUGAGGUUUUCAGUCUUAAAUAUAUGUCAUGGAGCAGACCUUCCAAGUUCAUCGGGGACUAUUUUGUUUCCAACAGCUAUUCAGGUAUCUUUGCAAAUGGAUUUUUGUACUGGAAUGCAAUGAGAACGGCGCAUUUCCGAACUCCAUUGAUCCUAGCUCUUGAUCUCAAGAAGAUGGUAUUUUCAGAGAUAGAAAUUCCAGAUAGACGUAGCCUCAUACGUUUGGGUACAUACAAAGGCCGCCUUUGCAUGCUUUGCUCUCAAGUUAAUGUGGAAGGGUACGAGUUAAGGGUGAUGAACGAACAUGGUUUUGGGAAAUCAUGGUCCACAGUGCUUUCGUUCAAAUCAUCGCUCUCAAUGCUAAUUUCAUAUGCAUCUUGUGUAGGGAGGAUGUGUAUCUUGGACGAUGGAAAACUGCUUAUGUGGCAGCCGUCUGAACAACAAUUCGUCAUCUACGACAUGUUUAAAGAUUCGCAUAUGGUGGUGAAGUUGUUGACGGAUUUUGACCAAAAAGGGAGGCUGCAUUCAUUAGAAUAUGUUGAGAGUUCGGUAUCACCAUCGGAUAUAUGUUCUGUUUCCAUAUGAUCCUUUUGAAUUCUGUGGUUUUUAUUUUAUAAUAGUUUCAACUGGAUAUCAAGAAACAACUAGUUAUGAUAUGUGUACUUUGACAUCAGAUCUAAUGUUUUGAACUUAGAGUCAAUUAUGGGA